GAUGGCAGCUGUYACAAGUAGCACUAUGGGCGACCUAGCAAYAAGGACAGAAAAGCUGUCAAUCAAGUGUAUAGCAACCAACACMAAAMUCCUUAAAACUCGCAUUAGUGGCCUUGAGAAGAUGUACGAAACAAUGAAACAGCAACAAGACGACAUUCACUUUCUACUCGAUACCGUUCUAAUGUGGGACGAAGAUUUCAAAAAUGUUGUCCGUUUCAGUCAAGGUGUACCGCACAUGCGCGGUACCAAAGACACUUGUAUGAAGAUCAAAACUACCAUGAUACCAAAUGGCGAGUUUGACCGCACRGUUAAGAUACUUGAGAAGGAGCAAGUCCCUGGUUUUUCUCGUGUGGSGAAGCUUUUAGACGAGUUUCGAGGACAUCUCGRUGAGAAGGCGCCGACGGCYAAAUCAUCUGAGGAAAUUAGAGAAACGCUUGGCGAAAUAAUAGGGACGCUAUACACUAUUAUCAACUUCUUCUACGAUCAGAGGCUAUUUUUACCAGAUUUCUUAGUUUAUGCGAAAAUGGAGUCGCUCUAUUCAAGUCCUUCACGCUUUCAAACUCACGGWAGUGGUGAACGAUCUUGUCCUGACUUUGAAAAUUAUAUACAAAAAACAGAAAAUGAAAAUGCUCAGUUGGUGAGACUUUUGGAAGAAGARACACUAAAAACCUCAGCACUCCAAAAAGAGCUUGACGCACAAAACAAGCAAAGGGAAGAUCAUGAAUGCACUUCAAGUGAUCUCAAUGAAGAAGCUAAAGAACUUCAUAAACGUUUUCUACAGAAUAAGGAAACAAUUGAGAGUUUAAAAAAGACCAAUACUUUACUCUGUGARCAUGAGGAAGAACUGCAGAAAAAGUAUGAAAAGUCUUGCUCAAGCCUUGAACAGUURAAGUURCAAAACAAYGAAGUCAUUCAAAAAUACCAAAGUACUUGGACAAGAUACCAUACCAAGUACGAGAGCUCAGAAAUGGCAACAAAACUAUCUGGAAUCAAAACUGCAGCAUUGCAAUUGCAAAAUGAAGAUGCAUUAAAACAGGGAGACUGYUCUCCUAAAACUGCCAUUAUAAAUCUAGCUAAGGUAUACACUGAAAUGUCCAAAACUGUCAGUCUAAUUAAAGAAGGACAAAAGCAGACACAAAUAGAUGACCAAAUGAUAGAAGAGGAGCAAAGCUUACAAAGAGAUAGUGACCAUGAUCAUCAGAGUUCAGGUCAAGCAAUGGAGUGUGAACCAGAGCAAUCUUCAAGAACAGARCCAUKUGCUCAGACAUCACCAAAUACUGGAACAUUGCAGACACAGGAAUCACCUAGCAACCAAGUAAAAAACAAUGAACAACUAGUUACCAUUUCUUCUCAGACAAGGAUGGGAAUAGGAUGUGUUCAGAUGACAAAUCCUACGAUGCAAGAAGCAGGGCAUCAAACACCAUUAUCUGUUGUAUCAUCACCAAUGCCAUUGAACAAUGUCACCAUGUCUAGGCAGCCAGGAAGCAGGUCAUUGACUGUCAAUACAAAUGGAUUGUUGGGACAUUCAAGGAUUGGUACACCAGUCCCUGCUAGUGUUCUGCAAGCACCUUCUCAUCUCUCAGUUCCAAGGCAACUAAAUGGUAUUGGUUCAGUGCUACAACCAUCUCCAAGGAACAUCCUGGCAGGAAGCACUUCCAGWAAUGCUCAAGAAUAUCCUACUUGCAGUGAUGAUAAUCAAACAGAAGAAAUUCAAAUGAAUGAAGAUCAAAAUGCCUCUCCUGACUCYAUCAAUGCCAAGAGCCCAGGACCAGMCAGCCGUCCCACUACCCCAAAGACACCAACAUCAAGCCARCAAGGUGAAAUAUUCAACUUUGCUGACUAUAAGGAACGAAUGAUGCAGAUGAGCAAGUCACCUGGGGCAGGUUUCUCAUUUCAUAGCAGACCCAUGUUUGAAGCCAUUCAAGAGGAGGAAGGAAGCUCAGACAGUAUAGCAGAUAACCAGACACCUUUCUUCCAACCCUUCUUCAAGCCAAGACAACAAGAAAGAAGCGAUCAGUUUUCAACCACACCCACAUUUUUCAACAUGUCUCCUCAAAAGGACAAACAGGAAAUGGGUCAAACAGGCAGCCAGUUUCAUCCUAGAARUGAUUCCARCUCUACCUCCCUCUGCAGUUCCCUGUUUUCCAUGUCACCWGGGUCAACAAAGGAAUCCGAGCAAUCUACCUCAGUGGGCUUUGCAUUGUUUGGAGAUCAGCCUUCUCCUAAGCCAGGUAGUCAUGGGAACCAGCCUUCAUCACCAGGUUUCACCUUUAACUUUGGUGCAUCACCGAGCAUCUCUGAUGACAGAUCUACAAGUCAAGGCAGUGGAGGUUUUAACUUAUUCUAAAUCACUGGUACAUCAUAUUUCCAAUGGCAUCAAAAUCCACUUGACAACCUUUGCUUACUUUUUUUUCUAUUUUGAAUGCACAUGACCAUUUAGAUUUCAAUAUUUAUUUCAUUUUAAUUUGUCCAAUUAUUAUGCAGCAGCUGAAGUGCUAUUUUAUGGUGAUUAGUGUGCAAGAUUUUAAAUUUUUGACAAUUUUGUGCAUUAAAAUUUUUCUUGAGCGUUUUUUAUGCUUGCUCAAUUUCCACAAGUCACUCUUGUUGA